AAGACAGAAAUGGUGGAAUCGGCUAGACGUACACAUAAUCAGGAGAAGAGGUCUCGCACUGAAACUGCUCAAAAUUCUCCAAGUGCACAGGCCUCUGGGGGAAAGGCAAAGAAGACUCUUGGUAGUCUUUUUAAAACCAGUGCGGCCUCUUCAGCUUUGCCUCUGCCACUUGAAGAUGUCGUGGAGGCAGAGUUGAAUAGUUACCUGUUGACCCCUGUCAUUGACGGAGAGGAUGAUCCCUUAGCCUGGUGGAAGGUGCACAACAUUCACUUUCCACGACUGUGCAAGAUGGCCCGCAAAUAUCUGUGUGUGCCAGCCACAAGUGCCCCCUCAGAGCGUCUGUUCAGCACUGGAGGGAAUAUAGUGACCUGCACUCGCUCAUCCUUAAAGCCAGCAAAAGUAGAUAUGCUGGUCUUCCUAGCAAAAAACCUGUGAGCUAGGAUGAUUAUGGCUAGCUGAGCCAUACUCAUUGUGCACUUUAGUUUGUGCUGUGUUGCUGUUACUUACUGCAGAUAAUCAAGAUGUUCAGCCAGUUUUAAUUUAAAGGCGUGUUUGUGUGUGUGUUUAUACAAUUGCUAUUAUGUUUGCACUUUAUGUGUAAUGUUACUGACUGCAGAGAUCAGUAAGAUGUGUGUAUUUUUUAUUUAUUAGUUUUAUUUAUUUAAUAUUAUUUUUUAAUUUAAUGACUGUCUAGUAGUUCACAGAUGUCGAAAAACUGAGUGUGGUAAAGCCACUGAUUUUUUUAUGUAUAUUUCUGCAAUCUGCACAUUGUACUGACUUUCAUUUUAAUGUUUACACCAGGGUUCCUUGUCAGCACUUUAUGCUCAGAUGUUUGUAAGCUAAAAAUAAACUAUUGUGUAUGUUCAAAUAUACUGUUGUGAUUGAAGAAGUUAAAUAAAAAUGUCAGUCAUCAA